AUGGACAUCGAUUCGGAGCGAUUGCGGUUAAAUUUUGAAAAUGUGUGCCGUUUUUGUCUUUCGGAAGAGAAUUGCUUACCUUUGUUCAUUGAAUCGACGUUCAACGAAAGCUUGUUGGAUGCAGCGGAUGUGCUUGUACUAAAGGUGGAUGAAAAUGAUGGACUACCGAACUGCGUGUGCAACGAGUGCCAUCGUACGAUGGCCGACUUUGUCCAGUUCGAAGCUACCGCCCUAGAAGCGUACAACAGGCUGGAAAGUUUACUCACUCACCUUGCCGAAAUCGGUGCGUACGCUGGCGACGAUCAGCAAGAUGACGGAGAAAUGCUUCGGGAUAACGAUUCGCCAGUGAUCGAUGGAGAAAACAUAGAAAGUGAAACGAAACAUGAGCUGGACAUGGGUACAAACGAAACUCACCAUCCCGCGCACAUAGAAGAGAUACAAACGCAAAGUUCAAAAGCGAUGAAAAAGAAAACCUGUCCCGUGUGCGGUAAACUGGUAUCGCAGGUCAGCAAACACGUGCAGGUGCACAGUGGGACGAAAAACUUUGCCUGCGACCAGUGCGACAAGCGGUUUAUGCAUCGGAGCAGCUUGCAGAAGCAUCUGAACAUACACCGCAACAUCCGCAACUAUCGGUGUGAGCAGUGUGCGCAAAGUUUCUGCGAUCGGUCCUCGUUACGCUACCAUCUGGCCAAGCAUCGUGGUGUGCGGAGGUUUCAAUGCGAACACUGUGAUCGACACUUUUACACCUCAACCCAGUGGAAACAGCACCAGAGUUUGGCCCACCGGGAGCGAUCGUUUCGGUGCGACCAGUGUGGACAAAUGUUUCUGUUGAAGCAUCAUCUGAUGGAACAUAGGCAACUACAUACGGAUGAGCGUUCGUUUGAAUGUGAUGUGUGUGGAAAGACGUUUAAACGAGGGCGAUACCUCAUCGUACACAAACGGCAGCACAGUAAGGAAGUAUAA